UCUUUGCUGACACCAUCAAUGGGUUUAAAUAAAAUCAUAGGAAUCCAGUUUCACAGCUGUUCACAUUUGACUUCUGAGACAUUUGGAAACGGUUGGACGGACGCACUGGUGAAAAAAAUGGAAAGUUUGUUCUUUGCUGAGGAUGCAGUGCAUGGUCUCUACUACCCUCUGCUUCCCAUCAGCCACAUGGAAAGAGUUGGAGUGACAUUUCCUGGGCCGGUGAAUUUCCCCGGAGACUUGUUCAAUGGGAGUCAAAGCGUGGCUUUUCCUGAGCAAUAUCUGGCUUUAAAUGAUCCAAUGGCCAUGCAUCCAGGGUUGGCAGUGACAAAUGAAGCCUCCUUCAUGAAUCGCUGUGGGCAAUUUGGUGUCCACAAUGGUCCAAUGAUGGCACCUGGGGAUCCAGUGCUUCAGGGCCAUCUGCAGUCAGCUAGACCCUUUUGCAGACCAGGGUGUGCCCUGUCUGGACCAGCUCUGCCCAGUGCUGUGAUGGCUCCAUCACGGUCAAUGAUAAGUGUGCUGGGGCCAGUGACGCCUCAUCUCAUCUGGCCAAACAAUGCACCUAUGCUAUCUGGACCAUUGUGUACUCCACAUGCAGCGAUGACACGUCACCCACCGACAGAACAUACAGUGACAUAUCCAGUGUUUCAAAUGGCAGCCACUUCUGGGAUGACGGCUUCCUCUGGACCGGUCCAGUCCACUCCCAGAGAAGUCCUUAUUCACUGUCAACCUCUCCAGGGGUUGAUGGAUCCCUUGCCUCUCCUUAAGAAGAGGGUUGGUAACCAGAUAAAUACAUCUCCUGGCGGUUCUGCGCAUCUGCCCAAAUACAGACGGCGAGCCAGGGAGCAGGAGCAAGACAACCAAGGAAGCCCAAACAAACCUGCUAAAAGGAGAAGUGAAUUUGAGCCACCUCAAAACCCAGACACCAUGACCCUCGUCCUGAACUUAAACAAUACUCUUGAAAGCGGACCUUUUCCUCAGCAGACUCAAGACAGUGUUCAUGUGGUCUCUGUGUCCGUCAAUAUUGACACCACUCCACCCAACAUCCCUUCUCCUCAGUGAAAGAAAGGAGUCCUUACAACAGGAAGCCCGGGAAGUCACAAGACUCAGCAAUCUCAGCCAAGAAGCCGAAGCCCAAGUCUAUUUGCAGGACCUGGAUUGCCCUGGUGUGAAACCGCCAGCACCAUCAUGCUCCUGAAAACCCAGCUGGCCACACCAAGCACACCGACGGAUCACAGUGAGGUGGAGACAAGACAGGGAGCAGAGUGUGUGUCAGUGUGGGCAACACGUUCUGUUCAGUUCUGUAAUGCAUCCGACUCCUCACGCUCUCUAUUGAACCAUGAUGCUACUCCAUACCAUAGGCAGCACAUCAAGUAAAAAAGAGCACAUACUCACUCCCAAGGUGUCCAGUAGUGGCUAUCUUCAAGUGACUUGAAGAAUUGUCUUCCCGUGGUAUAUCCUGAUGCUGUGGGUAGCACAACACAUAACACAUUUCAGUCAAGGUGUCUUGUCUGGCAACGUCAGGAAGGAUUGCCACAUAAGCUGCAUUUUACUCCAAUGAAAACACCAACGCUUCAACAUGCAAAUAGUGACAGGCUGAUAAGGCACUGUGAAACAGUGUCCCCACUUUAAGAGACCACCAGAUGGUGCUCUUGGUUUAAAAAAUAAUGUGAUGAUACAUUGAAAAAAAUGUUCCAAUCCAAAUGUUUUAGAGCUGACAGAGCCAGCCAUUGGGUUCUGAAAAUAAAGGCAUUGUUUCUUGAAGCCUCAUCGGCCCAUCACUAGAUAAUAGACAUUAGCUGUAAAUAAAAAUGAGCACAUACCCAUUGGUCGAUAUCUCCACCCAAAUUGGGGCUUUUGAGGGCCUCCUCCUCUGCGCUGAUGUUGAAUUUUGACCAACCACUUUUACACCAGGAAGGCUCAACACAUCUGCUCACUGACUUUUGAUUCAUGCAGUAUUAGCUAUGACAGUCGUGCAUUUUAUAUCCUGAUCAUUUAUCUUUAUGUCAGGCUUUGAAAAAUCACUGUUUUGCUCAGUUUUACGACACCAAAGUCCACAUCUUCAAGUUGAUCUUUAUUGUGUCAUAACUCAAUUAGGUUUUCAAUUCAUUUCCAUU